AUGGAGCAGCAGAGGUUUAAGCAGCAGCAAGCACUGAUGCAACAGUCCCUUUACCAUCCAGGCCUCCUCGCAGCUCCACAGAUAGAGCCUAUCUUAAGUGGAAAUUUGCCUCCUGGCUUCGACCCUAGUACUUGCCGCAGUGUAUAUGUUGGCAAUGUCCACCCUCAAGUUACACAACCUCUUCUUCAAGAGGUCUUCUCUAGCACUGGUCCACUGGAAGGUUGCAAGCUCAUUCGUAAAGACAAGUCAUCUUAUGGUUUUGUUGACUACUAUGAUCGUCGUUCAGCUGCACUUGCUAUUGUCUCACUGAAUGGAAGGCAUCUGUUUGGGCAGCCUAUAAAAGUGAACUGGGCAUAUACUAGUGCACAACGAGAGGACACAUCGACUCAUUUCAAUGUAUUUGUUGGCGAUCUUAGCCCGGAGGUUACUGAUGCUACCUUAUAUGCUUGCUUUUCUGUGUAUCCUAGUUGCUCAGAUGCAAGGGUGAUGUGGGACCAGAAAACUGGCCGUUCAAGGGGCUUUGGUUUUGUUUCCUAUCGCAAUCAGCAGGAUGCUCAAAAUGCAAUCAAUGACCUGAAUGUCUUUAUAAAUUUCAAAAUCUGA